CGUGAGAACAUCGAGGAGUUUGAGAUGGGAUCGGAGGAGGCAAUGAAAGAGGCUGUGGAGCAGUUUGAAUCACAGGGUACAGCGUGUGGCUCGGUCCCAGUGCUGCUUCGGGUCUUUGCCCAACAGUCACUUCCGGUCCACCACUCUUAACGUGAGAGUGAUGUCCUGCCGUGGCCCCAUCUAGCCUGGCAUGGCAGCCCUGGGCCCUCUCCCCUCUCCACGCUCUGCCCCAGACAGGCUGGCCUGCUCCCACCUUGCUGAUGCCCACCCUCUACUUGCCUAGACCUCACCUAGACAUCUGCAGGGCUGGAUCCUUCGAGGGGUUGAUCUGAGCAACAUUGUAAAGAUGGCACCCAGAGUCUCUGCAGACGGACCCCAGGAGCCCAAACACGACAUCCUGCAGGCCCUGGAUGACCUGCAGGAGUCCGUGGCCCGCUCUGGCCCUCAAGAUGUGUCAGCUCACCUUGCCCGCUUUUGCGAGCAGUGCAAGCAGCACAAGGCCUGCCGCUUCCUGGCAGCCCAGAAGGGGGCCUACCCCAUUCUCCUCGCCACCUGGAAGCUGGCCACAGCUGGUGACCGGGGCCUUCUGCUCCAGGCCCUCAAUGCCCUGUCAGCCCUGACCGAUGGCCAGCCCGACCUUUUGGACGCCCAGGGCCUUCAGUUGCUGGUGGCCACGCUGGCCCGGCAUGCUGAUACAGCUGAUCUGACCUGCUCUGGGAUCCGCUGCGUGCGCCAUGCCUGCCUGAAGCAUGAGCAGAAUCGGCAGAGCCUGGUGAAGGCCGGUGUGCUGCCCCUGCUGACCGGUGCCAUUGCCCAGCACGGCCACUGUGCUGAUGUGGUCAAGGAGGCCUGCUGGGCCCUCCGCAUCAUGACCUUCGACGACGACAUCCGUGUGCCCUUUGGCCAUGCCCAUGACCACGCCAAGAUGAUUGUGCAGGAGAAUGGAGGCUUGAAGGUGCUCAUCGAGGCUGCCAAAGCAUUCCCUGACAACCCUGGCAUCCUCAGUGAGCUCUGCAGCACCCUGUCCCGCCUGGCCGUCCGCAACGAGUUCUGCCAGAUGGUCGUUGACCUCGGGGGCCUCGGCGUCCUAGUGGCCCUGCUGGCUGACCACAGUGACCAUCAGGACCUCGUGAAGCAAGUGCUGAGCGCCCUGCGGGCCAUCGCAGGCAACGAUGAUGUGAAGGAUGCCAUCAUCCGUGCUGGCGGGACAGAGUCCAUCGUGGCUGCCAUGACUCAGCACCUGGCCAGCCCCCAGGUGUGUGAGCAGAGCUGUGCAGCGCUGUGCGUCCUGGCUCUGCGCAAGCCAGAGAACAGCCGCAUCAUCGUGGAGGGCGGUGGAGCCCUGGCUGCACUGGAGGCCAUGAAGGCACACCCGCAGGAGGCCAGCGUGCAGAAACAGGCCUGCAUGCUGAUCCGUAACCUGGUGGCCCGCAGUCAGGCCUUCUCACAGCCCCUCCUGGACCUGGGGGCUGAGGCACUCAUCUCACAGGCCCGUGCCACCCACCGAGACUGUGAGGAUGUGGCCAAGGCCGCCCUGCGGGACCUGGGCUGCCACGUCGAGCUGCGAGAGCUGUGGACGGGCCAAAAGGGCAACCUGGCGCCGUGACCCCAGACUCAGUCUGCGCUGUGACUCUGGAUGAGUCAUGUGACUCAGGAAAUGGGGGGAGAUCUGUGCCUGCCACUCUGUGCCCCAGAUUCCUUCCCCUUCAGCAAGAGGUGUUUGUUUGUUUGUUUGUUUGUUUUAUUGAUGUUUUAAUGGUUUCUAACAUUGUGAAAUUUUUGGGUUGUACAUUUUUGUUUGUCCAUCACCAUAUAUAUGACUCCCUUCACCCCUUGUGCCCACCCCCCACCCCCA